GGAAUGGGUAUAGUGUCUCGUUUAAACCAUUAAAAUGCUGAAUUAAGUCGAAAAUAGGUACGCCACUGUAUCGCAGGUAAUAUCCACAUCAACACGAGAAAUAAAGUGAAUUCCCACGAUUUGGCGCGUCAAUGUAGAAAAAACCUGAAAAUGCAGAGAACUGACGAAGAACCCGACGAAGAAGAUCCGAUGAUGGAUUUUGACGACAUGUUGGAAGAGCUCGGGGAAUUAGGAAGGUUUCAGAUCAUCAACUAUCUUCUAAUCUGCCUACCUGUACUAUUUGCUGCCGCCAACAGCCUUAGUUACGUUUUCACAGCGGGAGUACCAGAAUACAGAUGCUUUGUACCAGAAUGCGAACGAGCAUUUGACACAAAAUAUGAACAACCCUGGUUAAACUGGGCAAUUCCACAAGAAAGUGACAGCGAUCAAGUGAUCGGAUUUAAGAGCGACUCCUGUGACAGAUUCUCCGUUAACUGGACGGCGUGGAACUUAAAUAAAACUUGCUCGAAAGACACAUUUGAUACCAGUCAAGUGGUCAAAUGCUCGCAAUGGAUAUUCGACGAUUUCGAAAGAACCAUCAUUAACGAUUGGAAUAUCACUUGCACCGACAACCAAUGGAAAAUCUCGCUCAUCGGAAGCAGCCACUUUGCGGGAAUUAUCAUCGGAUCGGCUUUAUUCGGAAUUUUAGCAGACAGGUUUGGUAGGAAACUGGUCUUCAUCUUUUGUAUCAUAUUAAUGACAGCCUCCGGGGUAGCCCAAGUUAUAUCUCCGGAAUAUAUAACUUUUGUUACCUUGGUAUUUGUCAACGCACUUGGAACAGCCGGAGUUUACCCGUUGGCUUUCAUAAUAGGCGUGGAAAUGGUUGGCAAACGCAAACGCGAAAUCACAGGGAUAGUUCUCAAUUACUUUUAUGCACUCGGAGAAGCCUUGGUUGCCUUGGUCGCAUGGCUGACGAAAGAUUGGGUGCUUUUGCAGUUAAUCGUAUCAGCGCCUUCACUUCUUUUUGUGGUGUACUACUGGAUAAUACCUGAAUCGGUUAGAUGGUUGAUGGCCAAGUCGGAAAAUGGAAAGGCUAAGAAAAUAGUUGAGAAAGUAGCGAAAAUAAACAAAGUAACACUAUCGACUACACUUAUCGAUUCGUUUCAAGAAAGCAAAUACAAUCACGGGGAAAAUUCUUCGGAAAGAGAGAAUAUGUUCCCAGUAAUUAAGGAAAUGCUUAAAUCGCGAAAGCUGGUGUGCAGAUUCCUGAUUGUGUUUUAUGUAUGGGCGGUAAACGCAUUCGUAUUUUAUGGGUUGUCAAUAAACGCAACCACCUUAAGCGGAGACAAAUACGUAAAUUUUGCCUUGGUCAGCCUGAUAGAAAUACCCGGUUAUAGUCUCGCAUGGAUCUGUAUACAAAAACUGGGACGAAAACCGUCCCUAAUCCUGUCGCUGUUACUUUCCGGAAUAACAUGCACGCUAACGAUCUUCGUUACCAACGGUAACAACUGGGAAGUUAUAACGCUAUUUCUUCUUGGGAAACUCGGCAUCACGUCUGCAUUUGGGGUAGCGUACGUUCACACCGCCGAAAUGUUACCCACCAUAAUAAGAAGCGGCGGGGUUGGACUGGCUUCUACGUGCGCAAGAUUCGGAGCCCUAUUGGCACCAUUCGUUCCGUUGCUGGGCGUUUAUUAUAAGCCACUCCCGAUGAUCAUGUUUGGUGGUCUUGCGAUUUUAGCGGGGAUGCUGGCCACCAAACUGCCAGAAACGCACGAAAUUAAGUUGCCGGAAACUGCCUUAGAAGCCGAAGAACUUUAAUUAUAAAUACUGUCUAAAAUGAACUGCCGUGAAUAUCUCAGGUAUCAUAAUAAACGAUAUGUAAUGAAAGUCGGAAAACAUUGCCAACCGAAACUCGUUUUACAUUUGGAUAAUCUUAUAUACACAUAAUCUCAGUUUUACUCUAAGCUGAUAGAGUGCGGGUUCAUUACAAACGAGGACAAAUGCUUGCAAGGUCUGAGAUAGAGAAGUUAGUUGACGAGCUGUGAUCUUUAAGCUGAGGAAUUUUAGAAUUCAAAUAUAUCAAAAAUUGUGUGGCAUUACUUUAUUACAUUUAUAUUUUUCUACCCAAUUCCUUUUGCUAUACUAAGUGUUCCUAAAUGUCAGGGAGGUAAUCCCUUGACUAAAAAUUCACGUCAGUAUAUAUAUCUUACUCAGAAAACAAGUGGUCAUGACAAACAUCGUUCGUGUGUAUACAUAUAUAUUGCUAUGAUUAUUUCAAAUACGUAAAAGGGACUUCAGGCAUAAUACACGAAGUUAUGUA